CUUCCACAGUUUGAAGAGGUACAUUUAAAGACCAGAGAGCAAUAUGAAAAGCUGCUGCAAGAUGGAUCUCUGAUGUUUGAGCAGGUUCCCAUGGUAGAAAUGGAUGGAAUGAAGCUUGUGCAGAGCAAAGCCAUCAUGAACUAUAUAUCUGCCAAGUACAAUCUGUAUGGGAAAGACCUGAAAGAGAGAGUCAUGAUUGACAUGUAUGCCGAAGGACUGAGAGACCUGAUGGAAAUGAUAAUGAAGCAUCCUUUCCUACGAACCCAGCAGCCCGCGCGGCUCUAUGCAAAUGUCGAGAGCGCUUAUUGGGUAGUGUCCUCGGGGCUGUGCGGCUCGCGCUUGCAUAACGCCGGCGCGGGGCACGAGCGGAGGGAAACCACGCACAGCCGCAGUAUGACAGGGAAAGUAAAGCUGUAUUAUUUCGAUGGAAGAGGGAAAAUGGAAUCCAUUAGGUGGCUGUUAGCAGUUGCUGGCGUGGAGGCUUUUCAGACGCGAAUUGAAAGUGUGCCAGCAAUCCACAAGUUCCUGCAGCCUAACAGUCAGAGGAAGCCACAGCCUGAUGAAAACUAUAUAAAAACUGUGCAAAAAGUUCUGAAUUUCUGAAAAUUCAACGGCUACCCCAGUAUGUAGGCCAUCCACUAAAUGCAAUUAGUCUUGUGAGACUGAGUUUUAUUAAACAGAACAUUUGAAAGAAAUA